AUGUUUACCAAACUUUUCAGCUCAUUUCGAUAUUUUAAUAUUUUUCGAAAUAAUGCCAAACAGUUGAUGUUAGUUGGAUUAUUAUCAACCAUCUGUUAUAGAUAGAAACUAAACUUAUAAGUAAACCCAAACAUCAAACAAUAUGGUGAUAAAUUAAAUCGAGCAUUCAAAAGAGCAUUACAACCUGAAGAUGAUUUUUAGUAUAAAUUUUCACAUUUAUUUUAGUAAAAAUACUAUCAUCUUAUCUGGUAACUCUAAUAAAGAGUUAGCUGAAGGUAUUAUUCCAUAUAAAUGAUUAUUAGAAAUUGCUGAAUAUUUGAAUAUUAAAUUAGGCAGUGUAACAAUAGGAAGAUUUGCAGAUGGGGAAUGUCAAAUAUAAGUAUAUAUUAUAUACAUAUUAUAGGUUCUUGAUAAUAUUAGAGGAAAAGAUGUAUUUAUUAUACAAUCAACUUCUCCUCCUGUUAAUGAUAAUUUAAUGGAAUUAUUAUUAUUAGUCUCUGCUUUAAGAAGAGCAUCAGCAAGAAAAAUUAUUGUUGUGGUUCCAUAUUAUGGAUAUGCAAGACAAGUAUCUUUUAGUUUAAUUGAUUUCAGGAUAGAAAAUGUGCACCAAGAGUUCCUAUAUCAGCAGCAGAUGUUGCUAGACUAUUAGAAACAGUUGGAGUUGAUAGACUUAUAUCUGUUGAUUUACAUUGUGGAUAAAUUCAAGGUUUCUUUGGACCUAGAGUACCUGUAGAUAAUCUUGAAGCAAAUUUAGUUGCUCAAAAUUAUUUAUCACUUUAAAAAAAAUAUGAAUUCAAAGAUGUUGCUAUUGUUUCACCAGAUGCAGGUGGUGUUUAUAGAGCAAAGAAAUUUUAAGAAUAAUUUGAUUUACAUCAUCCUGGAAUGCAAUCUCAUUUAGCAAUGAUUAUUAAGUAAAGAGAAGGACCAGGAAAAAUAGCAUCUAUGAACUUAGUUGGUUAAGUUAAAGGAAAAGAUUGUAUUAUAGUUGAUGACAUAAUUGAUACUGCAGUAAAUUUAGAUAUCAUUCUUUAAGGGUACACUUUCUGAAGCUGCAAGAGUCUUAAAAGAACAAGGAGCAAAUAGAGUAUUUGCAUUUGCAACACAUGCAUUAUUCUCAGGUAAAGCAUUUACACAUCUCUCCAAUCCUUCUCUAGAUUAGAUUAUAGUUACAAAUACAAUUCCUUCAAAACCAUAAGAAGAAGUUUUAGGAGAUAAAAUCUGUAGAUUAUCUGUUGGUAAUUAAUUUACAUUAUAGAUAGCUCCUUUAUUGGCAGAAGCUAUUUAUAGGGUCUAAAAAAAGGAAAGCGUUUCAACUUUAUUUGAUAUUAAACAUUGA